UAAAUGAGUGUAGUUCCGGCACAGCGAGAUGUAGUCACACAUGUACUAACACACAAGGCUCAUUCACAUGUUCCUGUAGAAGCGGCCUUUCUUUAUCGAGCGACGGCAGAUCAUGUUCAGAUAUAAACGAGUGUAGUUCCGGCAGAGUGACAUGUCAUCACAUAUGUACUAACACAAACGGCUCAUUCACAUGUUCGUGCAGAGGCGGCUAUAGUUUAUCGAGCGACGCCCGGACAUGUUUGGACAUUGAUGAGUGUAGUUCCGGCACAGCUAGAUGUAAUCACACAUGUGCCAACACACAAGGGUCAUUCACAUGUUCCUGUACAAGCGGCUAUAGUUUAGCAAGCGACGGCAUAACAUGUUCAGAUGUAAAUGAGUGUAAUUCUGGCACAGCGAAAUGUAAUCACAUCUGUACCAACACACAAGGCUCAUUCACAUGUACCUGUAGAAACGGAUAUCGUUUAUCGAGCGACGAACGAAUGUGUUCUGAUAUAAACGAGUGUAGUUCCGGCACAGCGACAUGUCAUCACACAUGUACUAACACAAACGGCUCAUUUACAUGUUCGUGUAGAGGCGGCUAUAGUUUAUCGAGCGACAACCGGACAUGUUUGGACAUUGACGAGUGUAGUUCUGGCACAGCAAGCUGUAACCACACAUGUACCAACACACAAGGUUCAUUCAUAUGUUCCUGUAGAAGCGGCUAUAGUUUAUCGAGCGACGGCAUAACAUGUUCAGAUGUUAAUGAGUGUAUUUCCGACACAGCGAGAUGUACUCACACAUGUACUAACACACAAGGUUCAUUCAAAUGUUCAUGCAGAAGCGGGUAUCGUUUAUCAAGCGACGGCAGAACGUGUUCAGAUAUUAACGAAUGCGUUUUCGAAACACAUGAGUGUGAACAAAUCUGUACAAACGAAAAUGGUACGUACAAGUGUUCCUGCAGCCCAGGGUACAUUCUGGAUACAGACGGAAGAUGUGUUGAGGAUAUAAAGCCUACCAGUAUGGUGUGGAUAGUUUCUAUGUCUACAUCCGGAACACUAGUUGCUGUUUGCGUGGCUGUCAUUGUGUUUUGCGCAAAAAGGAGGUGCCGCUCAAGAGUUGAGACGAGGGUGGAAAAUGAACCUGUUUACUUCGAAAGCCUUCGGGGAACCGCUGAUCAGACCUACGAGAACACUGAAAACCCAUACAAUUCUUUAUCGGUCGUAGCUGAAAAGUGUGAUGCUCUGGACAACUGCCAAGAGAACAAGAAAGUAUCAACCUCAUACACCAUGGAAAAUCCCAUAUACAUCAACACUAAGAUCAUGUCAUAAUUAUGUUCCUUUACUACAUUAUUAAAGCAGGGAAGGCACUCUAUAUUCUUUAACCGCAUGGAGUUAGAUGACAUUCACAUUGCUACAAACAGAAACUUUAUUUAUUUUCAGUUGUAAUAUACUAAAACUAAUUAAUACGCAUUCAAUUCAUUCAUAAAUUAUUUCUGUAUUGUUUAAUACACGCUAUAUGUGUCACAUUUGAGCGAUUGCUGUCAAUGGUUAACUUAUUUUGUACAACAAAUGAUCAAUACAUAUACACAAAGUUGACAGAUCUUUAUUUUAACCACACAUACUUAUCCCAGAAUAUUCAUCAAAGUAUUUAUAAAAAAUCAUGGAAUGUAUACUAACAAUUGUUAAAAUACUGCCAAUUAUAAAAAAAGACAUAUACGUAUGGACAAUCUUAGAUAUUAUAUUCUAGAAACGCACGGAUAACAGAUAACCACUAUUUUCUACACAACAUUUUACAACCGUUAUUUCUAUCUAUUGUUUUAACUGUUUCAAUAUUUACUUAUUUAUUCUAUGUUGAUAAUAAACCAACAGACGCGUGUGUUUUAACAAGCAUUUAACUGCUUGGUGAUAACCUCGUAUUUUCUAUUGGUUCAUUCAUAUAUUUUGAAAGCAUUAAGAGCGCUUGAGAUACAAUUCAAAUCCAUACCAGUGACCUUCUUUGGGAAGAUCUGAAGCAUUUAAUAACCCGUCAAUAUGUUGUAUCUGCAACAUGGUCGACAAUAAAUAUCAAAAAUAAAUCCACAUUUUAUUUUUUUGACAGGAUUUAAAGACAGUUACGAAAGUUCAGAUUAAAACUAUUAUAUAAAACUAUAAUGCACAAUAUAUGCUUAUCAAAAUAUAUUAUUUUGAAAAUGUAAAAGCUGAAUGUAUUGUAUUUUUAUAUCACCCAUACCAAAAUAAUUGUUUCCAAAGUGUAAGCCAUGAAAUUUGUUCAUAUUACUCACAGGUCUGGCAUAAAAGUGUCUCUUUCACCAAAAAAAUAGCAUUAAAACACUCAACAAUAGACAUCUGAACUGACCUUGUAAGUAUAAUAUAUUCGGAAAAUAGUGAUAAAAUAACAAUAAAACAAAAAUAAUUUUACACAGUCAUUGUUAAAACAAGGUUCAGGUUUUCGAACGUUAUCAUGCACAAUCUAGUAAUGAUAUUUUUAAAUCAUAUAGAACUUUUUUUAGUAUUCUUAUCAGUCACAACGAAUUAUGUUUAUUAUAAAUAGAUGGCAGGUCUGCAGCUCUAUCUCGAAAAGAUGUACUUUUUAUGUAUUAAAAUGAAUGAUUUAGAAAAUUAAGAAGCAAAAUAAAGUUGAACAAGCCUUUGCAAUUCUAAGGCAAAUGUACUUUAAGAUUAAUUGUUGUUAAGGUGUCAGACUUCUAAACACUAUACCAUCAUUAAUGCAAUGUGAUUUUGUGGUGAAAGCGUCUAUGUUCAACGAACGUUAUUUUCCCGCUUUGUAUCAAGAAGUAAAUUUAAGUUCCUUUUGAAUCAUUUAGAAAACAAUUCAAGCAGAACAAGAAAGUAAUAAAAAUUAUUUUACUUUGAGAGAAAACGGUUACCAAGAUUGGACAAGAAGGGAUGUCAUCCUCCCAGCAACUGGAUGGUUGUCUCCAGCCGAGCAUGUUGUGAAGUCAUCAAAACGUUGUUGAAUGAUGUAAAAAAGAAUAGUUUUUCGACGAUUCGCGGUGGACUGGAGAAGAAAUUUUAUCUUUAGUGUAAGGAAAUUUCUGAUAAGGCAGAUAUUAAAGUGUUAAAAACGAAAGUCUUCAGUAAUAAUGUAAAACAUGUUGUUUUUUUAGUUUUAAAAUUGCAAGGAAGCGAUCAAUAAUCUUACGAAAUACCGUGGUUCUUCAUGGUAAUGUUCUAGUCUCUAACAUGAACACGGCCGACGGCUCUGUCAUAUCGGUUGGUGAGUACAUGGACCGUGUGUGGACCUAAGACAAAGACAAACACUCCGUAAAUAACAUCAAUGACAUCGAUGUCGCCACAAAUGUCAC